ACGUCCUUGCAGGGGACGUUAAUGCGGUUUGGGCCUCUUAACUGCACCUUGUUGCCAAUGAAAGAACCAACAGCGGACUAUUUCUGGCGCCAUGGAGGAUGACGGACAGACUAGAUGGUGCCAUUGUGAUUCUAAGGAGACGGACAGUUCUGGCUGAAACAAUGACGGCGUGGAACUCGGACUGAACCUCACCCAACCCCAGCCCUGGAUCAAGCAGCAUCAACACUUAACGAUCUCCCGGCCUUUAAACAUCAGCAUAUUUAUAAAAAGGUGCCUUUCUCGUUAGUGUGAGCGCAAGAAGCCGAGGUGACUCCAUUGGCUGCAAGGACAGGCGGUGCAUGUAACUUGGCCUGCAGGUCCCCAGAGAGGACCAGGCAAAGGAGUUGGGUUACACACUGACAAGCCUUAUACAUGUUUCAUCUGAUGCUCACUACAGAAGCCCCCUUUUUACUAUCCAGCCUUUUGAGAGAGUUUUGUUCCAUAAGACUGCUCUUCCACUGAACUGAUGCAUACCGAUUAUCAGACUGGUCAGACCCAGGAUUACUGCUAUCAGGACUCUUGAAAGCUUUGUUAGAGCCAGCAACAAGAAGAGGGUCCAAGCAUCAGCAGUCUCGAGGGAGAAUCCACCUGUCCCUGGAUCACCUCAAGAGGUGGCCAUGACCGACACCCUUAGGCCUCCAUCGCUCCAAGUGAGCGUUCCGAGCGAUUCCCCGGCGUACUCCGACGGCGGAAGCCACACCGUGUCGGAUUGCUCCAUGAGAUCCAGCUCCUCCACCCCGACGCUGCGCCGCAAGCGCUUCAAGAUGCGCCGCAUGAGGAAUGUGCCCAGCGAGAGGGAACUGGAGAGGGCUCAAAGUCACCUCAAGGCUCGGCAUCGAUCGGGCUCAAAGGAAUACCUGCAGCUGCCCUCCAUCGAGAUCACGCCAUCCAGUGACGAAGACGCUCUCUCGUCGUGGUCCAGCUGCUCCACGCCCAGUGCCUCACCGCGACGCAAGCGCUUCCUGUUGAGGAAAUGGCUGAAAGUCAGAGAGAAGAAGGAGCAAGGCAGUGAGAGCAGCAGCCAGCAGAGCAGCCAGCAGAGCAGCCAGCAGAGCAGCCAUGAAGAUGACACCACGCGCUUCUUGACUCCGUUAAUCCGAGAGGAGAGGUCUGACAGUGCCGCCGACAAAAUCAGCACUGCCAGUAACUCGAACAAGAGCACGCCCGCUUGCUCGCCCGUCCUGCGCAAACGCUCGCGCUCUCCGACACCACAGAGCCAGGAGGGCGACAACAUGGUGGAGAAGGGCUCGGACCACUCCUCGGACAAGUCCCCCUCCACGCCCGAGCAGGUCGUGCAGCGGACCUACUCCCUGCAGUCGGCGCGCAGCGGGGGCAAGAACUCCAAGUCUCACAAGCGACUUUCCAAAAAGAGCCAAAGCUGGUACAACCAUGAACGACAACAUAUCAUGAGAGUGCUGAGUCCCACAUACAAGCAGCGCAAUGAGGACUUCAGGAAACUCUUCAAGCAUCUACCUGACACAGAGAGACUCAUUGUGGACUACUCCUGUGCUCUGCAACGGGACAUCCUCCUGCAGGGACGACUCUACCUCUCCGAGAACUGGAUCUGUUUCUAUAGCAACAUCUUCCGCUGGGAAACGCUGCUGACGGUGCGAUUAAAGGACAUCUGCUCGAUGACGAAAGAGAAGACUGCCCGCCUCAUUCCCAACGCCAUCCAGGUCUGCACUGACAAUGAGAAGCACUUUUUCACCUCCUUUGGAGCCAGGGACAGGACGUACAUGAUGAUGUUCAGACUUUGGCAGAAUGCACUGCUCGACAAGCCGCUAUGCCCCAAAGAGUUGUGGCAUUUUGUCCAUCAGUGCUACGGCAACGAGCUCGGACUAACCAGCGAUGACGAGGACUACGUUCCCCCCGACGACGACUUCAACACCAUGGGGUUCAGUGAGGAGAUUCCCAAUGAGGAGAACGAGCUCAACAAUGACAACUUGUCCAAGAGCAGCGCAGAGGCCAAACCGGAUGGAAGUCCUCCUCCUCUACACAAGAAGGUGGUCCCUAACAGCACCAUCGACACGCCAAUCACAUUGGACCUACCCGCAGACGAUUUCGCAGACUGCCCGACGGACGGCGAGCUGCUAGCCGUGCCCCUGCUGGUGGACGAGAGGAACAACGACAUUGCCGGCACCGGUGGCCCUGUACCGUCGCCCUCACUCGACUUCAACGACAACGAGGACAUCCCCACCGAGCUCAGCGACUCCUCAGAGACGCACGAUGAGGGUGAAGUUCAGGCCUUCCACGAGGACCUGAACGGGCGGCAACACAUUAACGAGAUCUACAAGUUCAGCGUGGACAAGCUCUACGACAUCCUCUUCACCGAGUCACAGUUCAUGAGCGACUUCAUGGACCAGAGGCGGUUCUCUGAUGUGGUGUAUCACCCGUGGAAGAAGGAGGAGGCCGGCAACCAGACCAGGGAGAUCAUGUACACCAUCUCUCUGUCCAACCCCUUGGCCCCCAAGACAGCUACGGUCACGGAGACACAGACUCUGUACAAAGCCAGUCAGGAGAGCGAGUGCUACAUCAUCGACGCCGAGGUAAUCACGCACGACGUGCCCUACCACGACUACUUCUACACCCUCAACCGCUACAUGCUCACCCGGGUGGCCAAGAACAAGUGUCGUUUACGGGUAUCGACAGAGCUGCGCUUCAGGAAGCAGCCGUGGGGGCUGGUGAAGGGCUUCAUAGAGAAGAACUUCUGGAGCGGGCUGGAGGAGAACUUUCGCCAUCUUGAACUUGAGCUGUCCAAGCUGGAGGACAUGCUCACCGAGUCCCAUCAGCUCUCCCCGAAAGCUAACAAGGUGGUGAAGAACGCCACGGUGAGGCGGAAGAAGAGGCCCACACCCCACAUGCGUGGCCAGCAUAUGGACGAGGCGCUCAGUCCCGUCACCACGCCGACGGACGAGGAGGUCAUCCAGCGCAUCAAACAAGUGGCGGGCUCCACGCAGACCCGGCAUCAGAGUCCGCAGCACUGCCACCUGCCGGGAGGCUUUGCUUUGUACAGCAUCUCCAAACUGCUGCUUAUCAUCAGCUUUGUUCUGGUCUUGCUGGUGGUCCUCAACAUGAUGCUCUUCUACAAGCUGUGGAUGCUGGAGUACUCUGCACAGUCCUUAACCACUUGGCAAGGUGUGCGGCUACAUGAAAGCAAACUUCCCCAAACACAAAUGGAGUGGGCCCAGCUCCUGGAGGCGCAGCAGCGUUACCAUGACGGCGAGCUGCAGAAGUGGCGGGAGAUAAUCAAGUCGUCUGUGGUGCUGCUCGACCAGAUGAAAGACUCUUUACUCAACCUCCAGCUAGGCAUCGGCUUGAGGGACUUCAGCUCGGAGAGCGACGACAAGACGAGUCACGACCACUGAUCCGCAACCGCCACAAAAGGCCGAGAGGGCAUGCUGUGCAAUAUUGGACCACUUUUUUUUGUUUGUUUCUUUGUAUUACAAGUCUGUGUGCAGGGAGCAGAGACCAGGGAAGAGCUGGUCCGGGAUCAGUCGUGAAAGGCUAGGAAGCGUCACUGAGGUGUUGUGGGGCACUGCCCCCACCCCCCCGACACCCACCCUACUGUAAGCCAUGUAUGCUUAGGCAGGGAGAAGAAACUACUGCAUGCAUUUAGACCACUUACAGUAAGUCCCCUCAGUGUUCAUGUGGUUCCAGUCUGUGCGUGUACAACAACAAAAAACCCAGAAGAGGACAUUUGGAGGUUUCUACUCUCUCUUGACUGUUCCAAAUGGUCCCCCUAGAGGUCCUCGCUGCAGCGUCUCCUUGCAGUACGCUAGUGGUCUUCUUGUCAGGGCUGGUUCCCCGACCACACAAUCUGCUUUCAUAGCAGAAUGUAGAAGUAGAAUGUAUAGAAUAACCACUUUCAAUAAGAGACACUGCAGCCAGACUCGUAGGGGGACGUCUUCUUACGUGUUUUAUUACUAAACUGUGACUAUAUCGCUUUAGAAGUGUUUUCAAUUAGAAAGAUUAUAUUUGAAAUAUGAGUAUUUCAUGAUUUAAUAUAUAUAUAUUUCAAAAUAUAUGAGCAUUACCUAUAUUUAUUGUUCAUUUAUGUACAUAAGAAAUGACCAGAGCUCUCGAGCUGUUGAAGAAUUUCUAAGAAAAAAAGUUUUUUUCUUUCAAAAAUAAAUAAAUAAAUGCAUGCCAGAUAUGUCUGUGACAUGUCCAGUGUGCAAGUACGAGUCUGCUUUUGUGCGAUUAUGUUCGCACGUGUGUGUGUGUGUGUGUGUGUGUGUGUGUGUGUGUGUGUGUGUGUGUGUGUGUGUGUGUGUGUGUGUGUGUGUGUGUGUGUGUGUGUGUGUGUGUGUGUGUGUGUGUGUGUGUGUGUGUGUGUGUGUGUGUGUGUGUGUGUGUGUGUGUGUGUGUGUGUGUGUGUGAGUGAGUGAGUGAGUGUACGAAUGUGUGUGUGAGUGAGUGCACGUGUGUGUGCUGUAAAGUGUGACAUUUUUAUCAUUCCACACCUUUUUUUUUUAGUGUUCCGUUUCUGGUUCCUGCAGCCAGACUUGCCUUUUUUUUUUUUUUAUACGUAUGCAUUAAGGUGCAGCUUUGCUUUUAGCCCCAUUCAGACUAACUUUUACAAUCCCAAAGUUUUUAAUCAAAUGUUUUGGGGGUAAAAACUGCAUAAAUUGCCGCAAUCAGUGGUCAUUUUUGUAAAUCACACAGGAAGCAAAUGAAGAUGAAAAAGGUUUCAAGUCACGAGCAGGGGAGAACCAAGAGAGCUCUGCUGCCUCACGCAGCAGAGAAAGGACAGGGAGAGGCGGUAGGGAUGCAAUCAGGAAAAAAAGUUUGUUAAUUGUUUUUAAUGGGAUUUUUUAACACACACAGUCCUAAUGUUAAAAGAAAAGCAACUUGUAAUUCAACACAAAUAAAGUGGUCAUUGAAAUUGACUGUUGCAAGUAAAAAAAUGUGUAAUGUUUAAAAGUGGUAAUUUUAAGUGAAAACUUGGCAGUAAUAACACAAAACAAGACACACUCAUGAAUUUACUUUCUACGUGACCAAAAAUGUUACAUUAACAUGUAACAUGCCAAAAAUAAAUAAAAAAGUGGUAAUUUUAUAUGGAAGAUGGUAAGAACACACAAAGACAAUCAGCAAGUUUCUCCAAAUGUGACCGAAACAUGUUUACAUUGUAGGAGAAUAAAGUUGUAAACUUGCAAGAGAAAAUGUGUAAUUUUACAAAACUAAAGUGGUAAUUUUGUGUGGAAAAAUUGACAGGAAAAAUGCAAAAAAAAUUAAAAAAAGACACAUUGGACAAAUUGCUCCAAAAUUGAGCAAAAAUAAAUACAUUUUACCAGAAUAAAGUUGUAAUAUUACAAUAAAAAACUUUAUUUUAUGAAAAUUAAGUUGUCAUUUUAUGUGAAUUUGAUGUUGGGGGAAAAUGAAAGACAAACUAAGCAAAUUGCUCCAAAUGUAACCAAAACAUUUUGGAAAAAAAGUUGGUAAUUUUAUAAUAAAGAAAUUGACAGUAAGAACACUGAAAGACACACUCAAUAGGUUAUUAGUGGAUUACAAGAUUACAAUUGUAAAAUUAUAAUAAAUAACUCGUAGUUUAAAAAAAAAAAAAAAAAAAAGGUAAUUGUAUGUGAAAAAUUGACAGGAAAAACACAAAAAGACCUAUUCAGCAAAUUGUUCCAGAUUAUACCAAAUAAUACAUUUUACAAAAAUAAAGUCGUAAUGAUAUACUGACUGUACAAACAGACUAAAUAUGACCAAAAAUGUUCACAUUUUAAUACAUUGUUUGUUAAAUUAUACUUUUUUUCUUGUAAUUGUAUUAAUUUAAUACGAAUAUAUUUAAAAAAUAAAGUGGCAAUUUUGUCUUAAAAAAACUAAGAGUUAGAACACAGAAAGACACACUCCGCAAAUUACUACAAAUGAGACCAAAACUAAAUACAUUUUACCAGAAUGAAAUAUUAAGAAUAGAAGACAUCACAUAAUUUUAAAUGAAGGAAAUUGCAAAAUAAAAAAUAUUCUUUCAAAUAAAUGAAGAAAAUGCAUUUCAUGAGGUCAAUGUCAUAUUAAAAACAACACAUUUUCCCAAUUUUAAAAAGCUGGUAUUAGCGGAAAAAUAUCUAAUAUGGGGGGAAAUAAAUUGUGACUUCCACAUAAAAACUAAAAAAUCUCUUUGCUUCGCUUUUUCACCAAGUAUUAACUACAAAUAUGUAUGGAAUAGCAAAAGUAUUACUUUUUUCACGACAGCGCCAUCUGCCUGAGCUAGUGGGGCACUGCCUCACUUGCCCAUAAUGCAAAAAAAAAACACACACACACAAAAUGCCACUGGUUGCAAACCAAGUUUUCCCAAGAUGUCACACUUUAGAACUGGAAUGAUUCUUUUGUGUGGGAUGCAAGGAAAAAGCAUGAGAAUGAACCAAAAGACAUCCCUGUAGAAAUGUAACCAUGAUGUACUGUAUGUACUGUACAAUGAAGUAUUGCUAUUAUAGUACGUGUACUGGAUUGGCUUUCAACAGCAUGUAUAAAAGAAGCUAGAAAAGCUGAUAACAAUAACUGAAAGCACUUCCAAACGUCCUUGUGUUCCAACAAUUCAAGAGAGAGAGAGAAGCACUUUAUUAUUAAUAAUAAUAAUACUAUUAUCAAGGUGAUGCAGGAACAUUUUUAAGAAACAACUUCGUUAUCUAAAAAAAAAAACUUGCUCUUGAUGAAAAGGACUUCCCCAAAAAGAGAAUAUUGUUCUAUUCUGUGUGUUCUACGUGCUUGUGAUGUUUAGGAGGGAAAAAGGAAUCUUAAAUGUGGAAAAGUAUGAACUGCUGCUGCUGCCUUGAAAAAAAAAUCACUGACAUUAUUUUCUAAGAAUAUAAUAUACAGUAUAUAUAUAUAUAUAUAUAUAAAACCACUAUGACAUACUUGAUGACACUGAAGGGUGAAGGAGAUUUUAUGCUGUUGAUGUGAUGGUACAGAAUGUCAGCAAAAAAUGUGAAAUGCUUUAAUGUGUUGUUUUUUAGAUGUUUUUGUUUGAGGAAAAACUCAACUCAAGGAGAUGGGUAUUGAUUCUAAUUCAUUCAUUCAUUUUUUUUUUAUUUUUUUUU